ACCUACCGUGCUACCUCAGAUAAGGGUUGGCCGUGGUCGCCAUAUUUAAGUUACUGUAAGAUAAACUUGCCGAGGGUGAUUGGCGAGCCUGGGCGUUGUAGUGGGGGCAGCUUCGUUUGAACAAGCCCACGCCAUUGACUAUUUGGUCAACGACAUUUUGAUCGUUUCCCCAUCAUAGUCGAUUUAUGUGAGUGAUCGGGAGUAGGCGAGAUAAGCUCUGUAGUUGAUAGCGUCAAGAUGGCAGAUGCGUGAUGGGAAAAUGCCAGUGACUUGGCUUGCGAGACUUGGCAAAUGGAGCCCGGCAAUCGGUCAGCAAACCCAUCAUGUGCCACAUGCCGCAAACGAUCCCGGAAAUGCGACCGCGGUCGUCCAGUCUGUCGCCGCUGUGUCUCUCACGGACUGGAUUGCGGAGGAUACCCCUCUAAAUUCAGGUUCUUCAAUGUGACCGAAAACCUUACUUCCAGGAGGACUAGAUCACCCAAGUCGAGUCGACCGGCAUCGCGUGCCCCACCUGACGAAUUGGCUGGUGGCGAUACACCUGCAUUCUCGGCCGCGACCUCGAGCUCGACAACUCCAUCAACCGCAACAGACCAAGUACGGAUUCGAUCACCAGCUGAACGGGUUGACUCCAUCACGGUCCAGGAUGUUCUGCACUGGGAUCAUUCUCAGGAGCUACUUGUUCAUUAUGAUCGGUGCUUGUGCGACGUGCUUAUCAUUACUCAAGACAAUAUCGCCAACCCGUUUCGAGACUACGUCCUUCCUCUUGCAUAUGAAUCCGCUGGCAUUCUACAUGCUGUGCUGAGUCUCUCCGCCCGUCACCACAGUGGCCGAUCAGGUCGCGAUGGAUGCUCCAUGACAAGUCUUGCAGAGAAGUAUAGUCUCCAUGCCACUCAAAUACUGGACUCUCUUCUCGAGCUCGGCCACCUUUCUCACCGAGCACAAGUCUCAAUCUUGAUCAUGGCGCUGUUGUUGAUCCUGCAAGAUAUGUUCAAGGGCUCCGAUAUCACCAGUGCCAAUCUGGAGUUUCUAUGUCGUACAGACACCUUUUGCCAAAAGCUUAUCUCACAGAGCCCAGUGGACGUCUGUGCAGAGUUCGCUAUAGCUGCACUGGCAAGGAUCGAUGCUGUCAGAGCGUUCAUGGGCAACGAAUCCCUUUCCUUGUCGAAGAGUGUUCGCGAAUUCACCUACAAAUCUCAGCAUCAUCGUCUUGACCGCCUGACCGGGUGUCCCGAUUUUGUUCUCAGGAGCGUCAUGGACAGUCUGGAUCAUGCGGAGAAAUACCAAGCUGGGUCUUUGACGUGUGAGACGUUCAGAAUGAUGCUAUCGCAAAGUCGACGAACGUUACAGGGAUGGAGAAACCCCACCGACGCUGAUACCGAAGACUAUUGCAACCUCGGGACCGCCUAUCAGCAAGCUUGCAUUGUACGCAUAUCUAAGCUUUUGGGAGAUGUUCGUCCCCAGGAUAAGGCCGACACGGACGAGUCGAUUGCUAUUGGCAAAAUGCUGGACGCGGUAUCUCAGGUCUCCCAGCAGUCGACGUUCUACAAGCAGCUUCUGAUACCAUUAUCACUCGUUUCUACCGGGAUGAGGACGUGGAAGCCUCACCAGCAGCACUAUGCUCAACUCUGCCUCGAAGAGAUCAGGAGGCAGAUCGGAAUUUGUUGCCAUUGUCCAUUGAGAGCGCUCUAGACUUGUGAUGCUGACGGAUGUUGUUCAAGUAGAUCAAUGACAGAGGAGAAGAUUACGAUUCACAGUGUUCACCUCCUGGCUUCGCUCAGCCUUGCAAUCUAACGGACCGUUGUUGCUUUAGCCCAGGCUUGCUACAUAAGUUUCAUCUCCUUCCACUCUCACAUCUCAUCUUAACCACCUAAUUCCCAUUGCUUGUCAGCCGAAAGCACUUGUCAAGGUUUGGUCCAGAAAUCACGAUCGAAUCAACCCGUCCUCGAUGUCCGAUUGGGUGGCUAUCGUCACUUGCUGUCAAAGUGACCAAUCAACG